CGGUCAUUAUUAUCCAGCGCGCUGGAUCUCAGGGUCAGUCACGCUUUAUGGCUCUUUUCUGUAUCAGCAGUACACUCACAUGCAGUCAGAAGUGGCAUUUCUCAAUGCACUCGCACUGGAUUCACACCCUGAGCUUCUGAUCGAGGACAGCAGUGAAAAUGAAGGGGUAUUUGGGCUUUUUUCUGCUGAUCGCUGCCCUCACGGCCUACAUGUGGAGAGAUACGUUUGAUCCAGAGUCUGUUCGGGGGGCCCGAGUGCUGAUCACAGGGGCCAGUUCAGGGAUUGGGGAGCAGAUGGCCUACCAUUAUGCAAAGUUUGGAGCUCAGAUCGUCAUCACUGCCAGACGAGUAGAUGCUUUAAAAAAGGUGGUGCAGAAGUGUGUGAAACUGGGCGCUCAGAAGGCGAUGUAUGUGACCGGAGACAUGUCUGACCCCGCCGACCCCGAGAGAGUCUUCAAAUACGCUGUGGAAAAACUGGGUGGGCUGGACUUUCUAGUGUUGAAUCAUGUUGGAAACACCAAUGUUGAACUCUGGAAGGGAGACGCAGAUCACGUCAGGUCACUCAUGCAGGUGAAUUUUGUGAGUUAUGUGCAAAUGGCCGCAGCUGCUCUUCCUGUUCUGGAAACAUCUGGUGGAUCCAUCAUUGUAGUGUCUUCAGUGGCAGGUAAGCUGGCGAGUCCGUUUGUGGCUCCGUACACCUCUACCAAGUUUGCUAUGAACGGAUUCUUCGGAGCGCUGCAGAAUGAACUGGCAAUCAGGAAGAGCAACGUGUCUGUUUCCAUCUUGAUCCUCGGACUGAUAGACACAGAAUCAGCCAUGAAUAAGAUCAGAGGAUUCACCACGAUGACCGCCUAUCCCGCCAGUGAAGCCGCUCUGAGCAUCAUCAAAGCCGGGGCGACCCGUCAGAAAGAGGCCUACUACCCCUGGUUCCACUACUUCACCUGCCUGAUCAAUAACAUCUUCCCCUUCAUGAAGGACAUUCUGCUAUCAAGCCUCAGCGCGGAGAAUAUGGACUAAAACAUCAGCAGAGUUCAGACAUUAAAGCAACUGUAUGUAAGGCUUUUACCUUGAAAUCGAAGUUUCAAAAUCAUUCUGUCUGUUCUGAGAUUGUGUAAGUUGGUUGACAAGAUCCGAAAUUCUGCUAAAAGGGCUGAUCGCUUUACACAGCAACAAAUGCAUGUGUACAGCUAUCCGCUGGAUUAGGACAGCGAUAUAUUUACCAGACUGAAUUCCACUCACUUAACGGUAGGAAGCGCCAAAGUCACAAAAAUCCAUAAAACUACAUUCAGUUGCUUUUACAAACAGGAUUUUCAUUAUUUCCUAAGAACAUAUGCAUUGUGAUGAAUGAAUGUUUUAUGUGCACUUGAGGCAAUUUUUGCAUUUUAGAAAUUAAAAGGCAGCAGGUCACUGUGAUAUUUCAUUUAUUAAUUUAAAUAUUAUAUUAUACCCCAUUAUAAAGCCACAUGUGUAAGACAAGCCAUCACAACAUUGUAAAUAUUACAAACACACAAUCAAUUCAUUAUACUUAUUAGUCACAGAACAAAUAACAUUCAACACAAGAUGGACAAAAUGCUAUUAAUCACACUUAAGGAAUUAUUUAUUGCUUAAGAAUUCUAUAAGGAGGACAUUUAAGAGCUAGUGCUUAAUUAUUAAAAUGCUUGUGUAUUUAU